AUGCGCGUCUACCAAGAGGAAGCAGUUUUAUCCGUUACCAGGACGGUGGAACGCGUGAUCUUAUUGCUUACUGAGGAUAUCUUCAACCUCGAAAAUGGUCUUGGUGCCGAAGUUUCCCUCUUUUCCUACCACAUUACGCCGAGACUGACGGCAAUGGUCUUCGAAAAGGCAAUCGAGACGUUAAUUUACUUGCAUGACUCGCAGGUAUGCCCGGCGAAUUCACUCCAAAUUGACCCAACGGCCAGCAGCAUCUGGCAACGGCGAAUUGACAUUGUUUUAAAGGGAAUCAGCUCCCUGAAUGUUAUCGUCGGGGGAUCCGAGGCAGCCACUGCUGCUUUUCAAUCGCUCAUGCCCCAACAUGGGGAUAUUCUCUCCGAAUGCUGGACCUCUGAUUUUAGCACAUGA